AUGAAUCUCAUCGGGAAGCUCCGCAGAAGCUUCCGAACGCUGGUCAUUCUCCUGGCCACCUUCUGCUUGGCAAGUAUUGUCAUCUCUGCCUAUUUCCUCUACACUGGCUACAAGCAGGAAAUGGCCCUCGUGGAAAGCACUGGGCAGGCAGAGUGCGAGGAGCUCAAACUUCUGCCCUACAGGUCUGCGGAGCUGAGGACUCCUAAGCCAAUUGAUCCCUCUAGGACUGAUCCCACUGUGCUCCUGUUUGUGGAAAGCCAGUACUCCCAGCUGGGGCAAGACAUCAUAGCCAUCCUCGAGUCCAGCAAGUUUCAGUACCACAUGGUCAUCGCACCAGCCAAGGGGGACAUUCCCCCGCUCACAGACAACGGGAGAGGCAAAUACACGAUUGUUAUAUACGAGAAUAUUUUAAAGUACGUGUCCAUGGACUCAUGGAAUAGAGAGCUUCUGGAAAAAUACUGUGUGGAAUACAGUGUUAGCAUAAUUGGUUUUCAUAAAGCCAACGAGAACAGCUCCCCGAGCAUCAGACUGAAAGGGCUGCCAUUGCAGCUGUACAACAACGUGGCCCUCAGAGACUGCGUGGUGAACGCUCAGUCGCCCCUGCUGCGCAUCACCAAAGCGCCCAGGCUGGAGAAGGGCCCCCUGCCCGGCGAGGACUGGACCGUGUUCCAGUUCAACCAUUCCACCUACCAGCCCGUGCUCCUGAGCGAGCUGCAGCCCUCCAGGCCCACCCCCGCCACACUGCCCAGGGCUGCUCUCUAUGCAACCGUCAUCCAGGACUUGGGCCUGCACGACGGCAUCCAGAGAGUCCUCUUUGGGAACAACCUGACCUUCUGGCUCCACAAGCUCAUCUUCAUCGACGCCAUCUCUUUCCUGUCGGGAAAGAAGCUCACGCUCUCCUUGGAGAGGUACAUUCUGGUUGACAUAGACGACAUCUUUGUCGGGAAGGAGGGGACAAGGAUGAACAUCAACGACGUGAAGGCUUUACUAGAGACUCAAAAUUUACUGCGCACUCAGGUUGCAAAUUUUACCUUCAACCUUGGAUUUUCAGGAAAAUUUUACCAUACAGGGACUGAGGAGGAGGAUGAGGGUGAUGACCUGCUGCUGAGAUCUGUGGAUGAGUUCUGGUGGUUUCCCCACAUGUGGAGUCACAUGCAGCCACACCUCUUCCACAAUGAGUCCUCACUGGUGGAGCAGAUGAUCCUCAACAAAGAGUUUGCAAUAGAGCACGGCAUCCCGACGGGCAUGGGCUACGCGGUGGCUCCGCACCACUCCGGGGUGUACCCGGUGCACGUGCAGCUCUACGAGGCCUGGAAGAAGGUGUGGCACAUCCGCGUCACCAGCACGGAAGAGUACCCGCACCUGAAGCCUGCACGGUACAGACGGGGCUUCAUCCACAAUGGCAUCAUGGUGCUCCCUCGACAGACCUGUGGCCUUUUCACUCACACUAUUUUUUACAAGGAAUAUCCUGGCGGUCCUCAGGAGCUGGACAAAAGUAUCCGAGGAGGUGAACUCUUCCUCACCAUUCUCCUGAAUCCUAUCAGCAUUUUCAUGACCCACCUGUCCAACUACGGGAACGACCGCCUGGGCCUGUACACCUUUGCCAACCUUGCCAGCUUUGUCAAGAGCUCCACAAACCUCCAGCUGCAGACGCUGCCCCCCGUGCAGCUGGCUCAGAAGUACUUCGAGCUCUUCCCCGAGCAGACAGACCCUCUCUGGCAGAACCCGUGCGAUGAUAAACGACACAGGGAUAUUUGGUCCAGAGACAAAACUUGUGACCACCUGCCCAAAUUCCUGGUGAUAGGACCCCAGAAAACAGGAACAACAGCCCUUUAUUUAUUCCUUCUGAUGCAUCCUUCCAUUAUCAGCAAUCUCCCCAGUCCAAAAACUUUUGAGGAAGUUCAAUUCUUCAAUGGCAACAACUACCACAAGGGAAUUGACUGGUACAUGGAUUUCUUCCCCACUCCUUCCAACAUCACCACCGACCUCCUCUUCGAGAAAAGUGCCAACUAUUUCCAUUCUGAGGAAGCUCCCAAGAGAGCUGCUUCCCUCAUCCCCAAGGCCAAGAUCAUCACCAUCCUCAUCGACCCGUCCGACCGCGCCUAUUCCUGGUACCAGCACCAGCGCUCCCACGAGGACCCCACUGCCCUGAAAUUCAACUUUUAUCAAGUCAUCACCUGCAGCCCCUGGGCAGCGCCGGAGAUCCGGGCGCUGCAGAAGCGCUGCCUGACGCCCGGCUGGUACGCGCUGCACAUCCAGAGGUGGCUCUCGCACUUCCCUGCCUCCCAGUUGCUCAUUAUUGAUGGACAGCAGCUGAGAAGUGACCCUGCUACGGUGAUGGAUGAAGUGCAGAAGUUUCUGGGAGUCUCUCCUCAUUACAAUUACUCUGAAGCCCUAACGUUUGACCCUCAGAAAGGUUUCUGGUGCCAGUUAUUGGAAGGAGGGAAAACAAAGUGCCUGGGGAAAAGCAAAGGUCGGAAAUACCCGCCAAUGGACCAAGAGUCCCGAGCGUUUCUGUCCAGUUACUACCGCGAGCACAACGUGGAGCUGUCCAAGCUGCUGCACAGGCUGGGGCAGCCGCUGCCCUCCUGGCUGCGGCAGGAGCUGCAGAAGGUCAGGUAGCACCGGCGGGGACCCGGCCAGGCCCAUUCCUGCCCCCUCCGGCUCACUCGGCAUCGUCAGGACAGGACCUCACGGACACCGCUCUUCCCAGCAAAAAUAAAAACCAAACAAACCCAAGAAACCAUAAGAGAAUGAAUAAAAAAGCCCCAAACCCGAA